AUGAUCCACGCAAAGAGUACAGACAAGAGAGUUCAUUAUUUAUGCAAAAAUACUCAAAAUAAAAUUAUUUCACUCUUGGGACAGGACAGGAAGUGCUGUCUAACAUCAUCGGCUGUAUUUGUCAUUUACUCCAAAACCAUUAUUGGAGACAAGGUGGGAAUGCAGAGUGGAAAGAAUAAAAGCGAGAUCAACUCAAUUAUUGAUCUGGGUUUAAUCAUCGAUUCCAAGCUACAGUUCAAGGAGCAGGUUUUCUGCAGAAUAGCCAAGCUUAUACUCAUCAGAGGCAAAACCGGAGAGGAGUUCUGGGUUAUUCCAGCAUUAUUUAUUUUUAGUUCAAUGCUUAAAAAGACAAGUUCCUCUCAUAGGUAUAACUAA